AUGGCGACGCCCGAACUGCCCUGUGCGAACUGCCGCCCCGAUGGCACCAGCUGCCAAAACGAUGGCAAAUCGACCUGCGCCAACUGCCGUCUCGUCGUCUACUGCAGCUCCGAAUGCCAGAGAGCCCACUGGCCCAUCCAUAAACUCGACUGCAAAUCACCAUACAACAGCAAGACGUGGGAGCCUGAGUGGUCUGUGGAGUGUCGUGCACCUUCUUUCUGGGGCGUUGUGAAACCUCACCCGUUUGGUGGCAAACAGUACCCAUAUGGAAAUGUCCCUGCGUUCGAUGUUCUUCGGCUCGGUGCCAAUGAAGGAGAAGCGUAUGCAAGCCCGUUGCGUUUGUUAUUCCCCGCUUCUGGCGACUGGCGAAACGUCGUCCAAACUAUUGCACAGCUUCCUCAGAGCUAUGUACAGCCCAUCGACAUUAUCCUGAACGAUCGCGACUUCGACAUCGUUGCCCGCAACGCUAUAAUACUUCUUCUCGCACUCACCGCCGACGACUUAGGUGAGGCCUUCGAUUGUAUCAUCCACAUUUGGUAUUCGACUUCCAUCCGUAAGUCUCAUGUCGACUUGUUCAACCAGCGCAUCCGACCCCUUAUCCAGAGUGUUUGCGACAAGGUGAAGGAUAAACCUGCCACAAAGAUUUUGGCAAAGACUUGGACUUUCGAGAAACGAUCCGUCAAACUCGCCCUUCAGAAACAGGCCUGGGAUAAACUGCUGUCAUAUAUGGAUGUUCCUGAGGGCUUGACUAUUGACAGAGCAAAGGAGAUUCGCCAGGCUGUUACAUUCUCUAGGUCCCGCAUCGAUAUCCACGACCGUGAGUUUCUGUUUCUAUCCCCUUCUCAUCGAGUCGCGAGACAUCGAUUUCGUCAAGAUGGCCUUCUUCUCCCCUUUGGGGCUCAGCGCAGCGAACACUGCGAAGUGAAUCCGACUUUCUUUCGAUCCCCAGAUGGCUGGCCAAUGAACGAUUUUGCUGAUCCGGUAAUGGGAUGGUCUCUCCAAGAGGUUGACAAGACUCCCUAUGGAUUCGCCACAUCUGACAUAUAUGGCAAGCUUUUCUACCACAUUCGAUCCAUGUUGGAGAAGUUCAUGGCUCGGAUAUCCAAAUCUACUAUAGCUUUACAGCUUUUUCAGGUUGAUGCCGAAGUCCUUCCUGAAUAUCUUGACGGCUCUUUUGACGGGUCUUUUGAUCGCAUUGAUGCCUCCAACAUCUCCGACUGGCACUUUCUUGGUGUUCAUCGCACCGUCGAACUCUUGGCCCCGCUGCUUCGAGCGCCCUCAGUCAACCCACACGCGACUCUCAUCACGCUCUUCAUGAACAUGGUACUUGAAUAUUCGACCGAAGUGGACGCUUUGGAGGGUGCCAAAGCGCUGUCAGGGCGCAUCGUCAAGUACCUUCCGCCCCGGCGGGUUAUCGGGCGUGGCAUCGAACCUUUCACGGUCAUGGGCAUGUACGCUCAAGGCCGUGUGCAGAAAUACGAUGAUAUUUUCGAGAGGUUUGUGAAGAAGGCUCGGUUGUUGUAUAUGCCGCUUAUAGCUGGGGCGGAGAUGAAGGAUAAGCACACCAUCAUCAAGAAGUGGCCCUACAGAUUGAAGCUUGAGCCUGGAUCGGAGGGAGGCCAAGAGGAGUUUGACCGCCUUAUUACCAAUGGUCAAACAAGCAGGGAGUUGUACUUGGAAUGGCAGAGGAUCUAG